GCGCCGAGUUAGUGAGAUACUGAAAAAACUUUGACAAAUCAAAUACCAAGGAGGAAGACAAAGAAAACAAGUUCUUCGCAAAUCUCCCAAAACCAAUUCUUCACCUCUCCAUUCCCUUGCCUCUGCUCCCAUUUUCCUGCUCUCAAUCCCUCCCUCUCGACCGGCUACGCUGUCCUCUCAUUCAAUCUCCACCGGAGCAUCGCCGCCGCCGAGAAAUGAUUCGGACCUGAGUUUGGAAGAAAAGACGACGGAAUCGUACUUUCGUUUGCUGUUAGUAGGAACUUCUGGAAUGUUCGGGAACGCGACGGAGGGAGAGCUCGCAAUGUUGCUUGAUUUGCGAACGGUUGAGAAGGAGAUUGAUAGUGAUAAUCUGCUACAUCGGAGCUAUUCAGAGGAUCUUGAUCCUAAUUCAGAAAUCGUUUCAUUUUCCUGUUCCGAACUUAAUAAUAAUGGUGGAUGCUCACCUAUCUCCAAGAACGCAUCAUCUGUUCCACCGCGGAAGACCAGAACGGAGGACUUUAUGGAUUCAGAAAAUGAAAAAUCUGAUUACGACUGGCUUCUUACACCACCUGGCACCCCACUCUUUCCAUCAAUGGAGACGGAAUCACAGAAAAAUUCAACAAAUAAGAAUGAUACGCCGAAUUCUCGUUCCACUGCUCUAAAACCUAGGCUAGUAAACAUUCAGGAAGAAUCUGACUCGGUGAGUAACAUAGCAUCCAAGCAUCAUCCAAAUUUACAGUCUGGACAACAACUGAAUUCUUCAUGUGCUAGCGACAAAAGGCCCUCAUCAAAGGCUUCUGCAGCCACUGCUUCCAGAUCUGCAACCCCAACUUCACGGCCUACAUUAUCUAAGAGUACAAAGCCUUCGAGAUCAGCCACGCCAACUUCCCGAGUCAGCUUGGCUUCCGUUAAAGCUGCAGUGCCUCCGGCGAGAUCUUCGACUCCCGGAAAAGCUACUGCUCGGUUGUCAACACCAAUUGAAAGAUCUGUGUCAGCUUCAAAGCAAACAUCAAGAUCAGCAACGCCUAAUCGUUGCCCAUCAAAGCCAACAUGUCCAUCUAUCGUAUCACGUCCCACGGGCCGAUCUUCUUCGACCUCGAAAUUCAAUGCUAGAAGUUCUAGUAAUCCAAGGCCUUCACGGGGCACCUUUCCAUCCAUUAAACCCAGACCUUCAAAACCCUCUGAGGUGCCUAAUUUCCCACUUGAUGCAGCAGCACAUCCAUUACCAGAAAGGCCAGCUUCAGCCACCAAGGGAAGGCCAGUUGCAGCCAGUAGUAGUGCUAAACCAUCAUCCGGUAGGACAAUGUCUAAUGGAAAAACUAGGCAGAAACCAAGCUCUCCAUCAAAGCAACUUGCCUCCAACGGAACCAGUGGUACAAUAUUUCCAUUCAAACAAAGAAUACGUUCCUCAGAUGAUAAUGAGGUUAGUCCGGUGGUUAUGGGAACAAAGAUGGUUGAAAGGGUAGUGAACAUGAGAAAGCUCGCCCCUCCGAAGCAAGGCGACCACCGCUCAAGCAAUGGUGAUCCUGCCAGCAAGCCCUCUGCUGACACCUCUGGCUUCGGAAGGACACUUUCAAACAAAUCACUAGAUAUGGCUUUGAGGCACAUGGACAUUACACGAAGCUUAUCAGGUAAAGUACGUCCAGUGGUUACAAAAACUCAGGCUUCCUCCAUGGACAAUGCCAAUUCGAGAUCCAUAAAAUUCGGAACGAUUGGAGUUGCAGACUCUCCCCUUGCUACAAGCAGCAAUGGCAGUUCUGCACCAAGCGCAUGGAGUAGUUCCAUUCGUUUAGAUGGCAGUGAAACCGAAGAUAACGAUGACCUUGCGGUGGAGACGAUGUCGUCGUAGGGAACUUCUCUUUUCCUGGCCUGCAAGGUACGUGACAUUUCCAAGUCCUACAGGCUGCAUUUUUUAGCAGUACAACUUAUGGAUCUAUUCUAAGGAGGUGGUCGUAGGAAAGCAAAAUACAUAUUAGUUGUUAAACUAAAAAAAAUAUGAAAAAGAAAAAAAUUACGGUAAAUCUAUGAUUUAUCAGUGUUCUGAAGAAAAGGAAAUGUAUUCUAGAUUCGGAAUUUGAAGAGCUCCUUCAGAUGAUAUUGUUGUAGGAAUCUCCAUUUUAUGG